CUCCGGUGGCCCGGCCCCGCCCCCUCCCCGCCCCUAGCCCGCAGGGCCAGGAAGCGCGGAAGGAACCGCCGGGGGCCAUGGACGGAGCCGUGAUGGAAGGGCCGCUCUUUUUGCAAAGUCAGCGUUUCGGUACUAAGAGAUGGAGGAAGACCUGGGCGGUACUCUAUCCUGCCAGUCCCCACGGCGUAGCGCGGCUCGAGUUCUUUGACCACAAGGGGUCGAGCUCUGGAGGCGGCCGAGGGGGCUCGCGCCGCCUGGACUGCAAGGUGAUUCGUCUGGCGGAGUGUGUGAGCGUGGUCCCCGUGUCAGUGGAGAGCCCCCCUGAGCCUGGCGCCGCAGCUUUCCGCCUGGACACCGCGCAGCGCUCCCACCUGUUGGCGGCGGACGCGCCGUCCACCGCUGCGUGGGUGCAAACACUGUGCCGAAAUGCCUUUCCGAAAGGCAGCUGGGCUCUGGCGCCUGCGGAGAACCCACCCAAGCUUUCUGCCCUGGAGAUGCUGGAGAACUCGCUGUAUAGCCCCACCUGGGAAGGAUCCCAGUUCUGGGUGACAGUGCAGAAGACCGAAGCCGCUGAGCGCUGUGGCCUGCAGGGCUCCUAUGUGCUGAGGGUGGAGGCCGAGAGGCUGACUCUCCUGACCAUGGGGGCUCAGAGUCAGAUACUGGAGCCACUUCUUUCCUGGCCUUACACUCUGUUGCGGCGCUAUGGCCGGGACAAGGUCAUGUUCUCUUUUGAGGCUGGUCGCCGCUGCCCUUCGGGCCCUGGAACCUUCACCUUCCAGACCGCACAGGGGAAUGACAUCUUUCAGGCAGUUGAGACUGCUAUUCACCGGCAGAAGGUCCAGGGAAAGGACGGGCAAGGGCAGGAUAGUCUCAAAGCCGAUUCCCAUGAAGGAGAAGUGGCAGAGGGGAAGUUGGCAUCCCUGUCUGGCCCCCAGGAGCUCUUGGGCAGCCCUCCCACCGUGUAUGCUGAACCCUUAGACUCCUUGCGCAUUCCUCCAGGCCCUUCCCUGGAUUCCCUAUACUCAGACCCCCUGGACAGCACCCCUGCUCGGGCAGGGGAGGGAGUACCGUUCAAGAAAUCUCUUUAUUGCGACUUGUACGAGCACGUGCAGCAGCAGUUGCUGAAGGCCAAACUGAUGGACCCCAAAGAGGACCCCAUCUAUGAUGAACCCGAGGGCCUGGCCCCGGCUGCACCCCGGGGCCUUUAUGAUCUGCCUCAGGAGCCCAAGGAUGCGUGGUGGUGCCAGGCUCGGAUGAAGGAGGAGGGCUACGAGCUCCCCUACAACCCUGCCACUGAUGACUACGCUGUGCCACCGCCCCGGAGCACAAAGCCCCUCCCCGCUCCCAAGCCCCGGGGCUUGGCCUUCGCUGAACCUAGAGCUGCAGCUGGUGGUGGCAGCAAAGGCCACAGCUCAGACACUGUCCUGUACAGCCAGGUCCAGAAGAGCAGAGCCUCAGGGAGCUGGGACUGUGAGCUGUCUAGAACAGGGGCUGACAGGACGGGGGUCAAGUCAGAGGGCUCCACAUGACAGAUGGGGCAAGGCUGGGGUUGCUGAUAGGACCACCAUAGGAAGGUGGCACUGGGGAUCAAAGAAACCUAUUAGAAUCUGCAGGGACCAGAAGGCUGGCGGGUCCUGUGUAAGCCAGCCAGGGGAAUGGAGGGAUCAGGGGAGUCAAGGGGAGGAUGUUCAAUCUCAAGAAGUCCUGGAAGUGGGACAGUUGGCAGGGGUGAGGGAUGGGACCCGGGAGAGACCAGCACCCCCAAGUUAUCCUCCCCAAAGGAAUGGACAGCUGCUGGACUAGGUCUGUGAAAAGGGGUGCUUGGUCUGAGUUGGUGCAGUUAGAGGGGCCUGCAUGGAGGCUCUAGGGUGAUGCUGGACUGUGCCCGGAUCCUCACCCCUGCAUUAUUCUUUUCCAGAGACCUAGAUUUUAAGAAGUUUAUUCUCAUUAAAGUCAGCUUGGGUUUAAGAGG